AACAAGCUACGAAAUCCAAUCGAAAAUGAAAUUGUUAUUAGCAUUGUGUUUGGUGGGAAUAGUUGCCGCUUCCCGUCCACCUGGUGAGGCUCAGCUAACAAGCUACGAAAAUGUGCAUAAUGGACGGGGUAAUUACAGAUUUGGAUAUAGCCAAUCUGAUGGGACCGUAUUUGAGCAGGAAGGUACGCUGAAGAACGAGGGCCAAGAAGAAGAAUCCCUGGCUGUUAGAGGUAAAUUUUCUUGGGUGGGUCCAGACGGCGUUACCUAUACCGUGACUUUUGUGGCUGAUGAAGAUGGUUACCAACCAGAAAUAGAGCAAGGUCCCGGCGGAGCUGUACCGUCAGCAAUACUUCAUUCUCUUGCCGGUUAAAUUGAUAAGUUGUUGGUGAAUUUUAAUAAUUAAUGCUGUUUUAAAAAUAAACUAUAAAUUGAG